AUGGAGGAGGCGCUGCUCUCCACCCCCAUCAACCCCAACAACUUCCCGGCCAAGCUGUGGCGGUUGGUGAACAGCCCCCGGUACCGCUCGAUCCGCUGGGACGGCCGCGGCGAGGGGCUGCUCAUCGACCAGCCGCUCUUCGAGGCCGAGCUGCUCAGCCCGCCGGGGCCGGGGGCCGGCGGGGGCGGCGGCGGCGGCGGUGGUGGCGGCGGCGGUGGUGGCGGCCUUGGUGUUGGGGCUGCUGGGGCCGAGCCCGAGCUCUUCAAAACCACCAACUUCACCAGCUUCAUCCGCCAGCUCAACCUGUACGGCUUCCGCAAGGUGGUGCUGGGCGGCCCCGGCACCACGGGGCCCGGGCCGGGGCCGGGGGGCGGCGGGCCGGCGGGCGACGGGCCGCUCCACCACUUCCACAGCCCGCACUUCCGCCGCGACCAGCCGCAGCUGCUGGUGCACCUGAAGAGGCUCACCAGCGCCAACAAGGCCAAGCUGGCGGCCGGCCUGGAGGUGCCUUGCCGCCCGCCCAACCGCUUCCAGAGGCUCCUCAUCACCUCGGCCUCGGCCUCGGCCUCCUCCUCGGCCUCCACCUCCCCGCUGCAGCCGCAGGAGCCGCCGCCGCAGCCGCAGCCGCCGCCGCCGUCGUCCGCGGGGCCCCGGCCCGAGCCACACGGACCAGUGGCUGUAGGACAGUUUCACCGGUCAUUCCGGCGAGAUAGUUUGUCUCCUUACUCCUACGUGACAACUUCAUCCCACAACCACAGUACUUUCCCUCUGAAAGGUUUAGAUCGGACCCCGAUUCCUCCUAGAACUUGGCAGAACUCCCUUGGAAUGCACCCUGGACAAGUGGAGACAUCUACUUUUUCGGAUAAAGGGGUUCCAUUCCCUGUACUGCAGAGAUUUCCAACUGAGGUUACCUACACACUGCAGCCCAGCACCACGUCUGUACAUGUUCAACAAGGUCCUCAAACGAUGGUCAGCUCCUCCCAAAAAUACAGUAGCUACACACCCUCUGCGCAGUACUCCCAAGCCUACUAUCCAACAGCUGUGCUACAGUGCUGUUCUCCUUCUACCCACAUGGACGCUCUGAGUAGUUGUGUCACUCCCACUGCCUCUUCCUAUGCACACUGUAACUACUUCCAGAAUCCUCCAAUGCAAUCCUCCUAUCCAGUUGAAUUUCUGCCUUCUAAUUGGUCUUGCAAUGCUACUGAUGAGAACAAAAAGACAGAAGUAAACUUAGAGGCUGUCUUUCAGAUAGUAGAUGAGUUACAUUCCUCCCCUAAACUGGAGAUGGUAAAGGUGGAGCCUGUUGAGAAUCAGUGCCCAGCAUCUCAGUCUAACAGAGGCCAGCAUAUCCUCGCUAAUUCCAGCAACAGCAAUCCAUCUUCCACAAGCCAGGCUAGCCAGCUGGAGCCGCUUACUCCUGUGGGCUCAGAUAUUACCUCUUUUGUGGUUGGAACAGAACAAGCAAUUACCUGCUCUCUGCCACAGUCACCUGAGUACAUCUAUACCAUCCACACAGCUCAGCCUGUUGAAAAUAGCACGGUGCAGGAAUCUACAGCUAUCCAACAAGCUCAUGUCAAACUGAAGGAGCAGCUAAGUCAUAAUCCAUCUCCAUCUUCUGUAGUAUUUGUACAGGAAGGGCUACCAUUCAGCACACACCAGGUGGAUGCCAGUAUAAAAUGCCAGACCAAUCCACCUGAGAGUAUCUUGCCUUCAGAACAGAUGGGAUUCCUCAUUUCAGAAAUGGGGCCUGCAAACAAGCCUAGUAAAGACACAGGUUUAUCCACUCCAGCCAGAUACAGAGAGCGAAGAAGCAAUUCCCAACAAGGAAAGUCCCCUGAUCUUCAUCUGCUGGUGGACGUGGCCUGCAAGCAGGAGCACUUUCCAAAGGAAGAAGAAUUAAAAGAGUGAGGAAUGGGUG